ACAGCAACCGCAGCGUACAACGACAUUACUCGCAGGAACCUCCUGCUGGUCGCUGACACGAUCCGGGAGCAGAUAGCUGACGCCAAGUUCAUUGCGAUCGAUACAGAGUUCACUGGGCUGUCUAUUAGCAAUGCCUCGCCGGUCUUUGGCUUCAACACCCAAGAGUGGGUGACGCGCGCUACGCAGAUGGAAGACAAGUACAAGGCCAUGUCCAAUGUUGCCAAGUCGCAUGCGCUGGUCUCGCUCGGCAUGAGCGUGUUCUCCAAGCGCCACAGCAAGCCUGGGAGCUUCAACGUCAACAACUACAACUUCACUGUCCAGCAGCAGAACUCGCACCUGAUCAGCGCCAACAGCGUUGCCUUCCUGGCCCAGAACGGGUUUGAUCUGAACAGGCAGGCAUCUGAGGGGAUCCGGUUCUAUGCUGGUCCCAACCCGAUGCCGCCUGUGACCAGGAACGAGCUGGCCAACAGAGAAGGCCUGGCUAUGCGCGAGAUCUUUUUGGACAUUAUUCGCUCCAAAGUGCCGCUGGUCAUUCACAACGGGCUGUUCGAUCUGGUGUAUGUCUACCAGGCAUUUGUUGGACCGUUGCCCGACUCGUACAAUGCAUUUGCCUACGAUCUGUCCGAGAUGUUCCCUGGAGGCAUCUUUGACACAAAGUACAUCUCGGAGAUGGUGGAACCCGGAAGCGCCUCAUUCCUCGCAUACACAUUCCACAAAAACGAGCGGAUCCAGAAGCGGCGCUUGGAGACCGACGAGCCUGCGGUUCAGGCCAAGCUCAAGAGCCCGCUAAAGUACCAGGAGCCGGCCGAGCCCACUUAUCCGGCUCUGCCGGAAGCCGAGAAGGACAUAGAGUACUGCCUGAACUUUGCACUGCACGGCCACUGCCGGUUCAGGAACAAGUGCCCCAAGUCGCAUGACAUCAACUUCAUCCUGGACUGCCAGGAGCGCGAAGAGGCGAAGAAGAAGGCGAAGGAGUCGGGAGGCGAAGGGCCGGAGAGCAGCGCCAAUGGUGAUGACAGCAAGAAGCGCAAGCGCGGUGCUGGUGACGAAGGUAGCGCUGACUCCUCAGAUUCGGACAGCAAAAAGGCGCACAAGGCGCGCAAGCACUCGGAAGAGGCCGCCAGCAAGCCCAGCAGCAGUGACAACGAGAACAUGUACCACACAGCCGCCUACGACGCAUACAUGACGGGCUACAUCUUCGCCUCGCACCAGAUCCGCCUUGGCGAGGGAAUUGGGGAAUACAUGAACAAGGUCUAUCUGAUGGGUCGUCCCGACCAGCCGCUCCUCAUCAAGCCCAGCCUGUUUGCCAGCAACUCG